GAUUUCGCUUGAGUGGUCCAAUAGCGUUGCUGCUUGCCCUUGAAGUGGCCCUGCAACCAAGCCCACCGAAGUAACCAACUUCUCUCCCCGAUAAGCGCACUGCACCAGCUGCUGAAGACCAAUAGCUCUACUUGACCCCAAUCGGCGAGAGGAAAACAAUUGGGCGACUCUCGAGGAGCGAACCUCAAAAAGCGGUGGUAGGGUCUUAUUCGAGCGCGAGCUCUUCAACCCAGCCAGUCGCGCCAUCUCAAUACCUGCUUUGCUCAAUUUUGCAAAGCGCUGGACGUGCGACAAGGAUUUCGCGCGCGUGGGAAGUGCCAUUCCGCCGCGUCGUGUAACUCUGAACGGGAGGACGCUGGCGCACCACCAUGCUGAACCAAUGCAUUAACAGCCACCGGUCGCCGUCGGCACGCCUCAGCCCUGCGGCAUCCCCCGCCACCGCCGCCGCGUGCACACUUCUACCCCACACUCAACACGGUCAACCCAUGAUGUCACCAGCCGCCGCCAUCCGGCGGCUAUCCUUCCCUGCUCCCAGCCUUUCGCCCGCACACCGCGCGCCCAGCACCACCGUCGCCGCGCUGCCCGCCGCAGCCGUGGACGCAGCCAAACUGAACGGCCAUAUCCCUAAAGCCGCCAACGGGCAUCUCAACGGCCACAACAACCACAACGGUCACAACAACCACAACGGCCACGCCUCCAACGGCCGCGGUGCGGGCCGGGAGCAGGCCGGCGCGGGGCUUCACGACUCCGUGCUGGUGCGGGACGCCUCCACGGUUCGUGUGCACGUGGUGGUGCCGCGCUGCGUGACGGUGCCCGGGGAGCGGCUGGUGCUGGUGGGCGACUGCGAGGCGCUUGGCAGCUGGGAGGUGCAGCACGCGCUGCCGCUGUCCUGGUGCAGCGGCCACAUGCACAGCGCCACCUUUGCGCUGCCCGCCGACUGGCAGACGCUGCACGCCAAGCUGGUGCUGGUGCAGGGGCAGGGCUUCGACACCGUAUCCUGGGAGCCGGGCCACGACAGGUCCAUCAUCCUGCAGCCGCCGCCGCUGCCAGGCGCGGCCGGCCAGGGCGCCGCCGGCGGCGGCCUGAACGGCAAGGCCGGCGCCGCUUCGGCCGGCGCGGCUAGCAGCAACGGCAACGGCCACGGCCACGGCAAGGCUGCUAAUGCGUCGGGCCAGACGCGCGCCGGCGGCAGCAGCGUCACGCACGACUAUGUGGUGGUGGCGCACUGGGGCCACACCGAGGCCACCACCGUGCUGGCCCGGGAGGUGCCCACAGAGGUGCUGGCUCUGGAGCAGCAGCUGUCGCAGGCGCUGUCGGAGCUGCGCACGGCGCGCACUGCCGCCUCCAGCAGCCAGGAGAAACUGCAGCGCAUGGCGCAGGACCUGGAGAAAUCUGAGAAGGCCGCCCGCCACAGCGCCGAGCAGCUGACGGAGCUGCAGACCAAGCACAGCGCAAUGACGCAUGAGCUGACGGAGGCCAAGCGUCAGGCCAAGGCCGCCGCCACCGAGGCGGCCGCCGCCGCCGCGGCCGCCGCCGCCGCCGCCAAGGCUUCCUCCAUCAAUGUCGCCGAGGUGGAGGCGCGCGUGUCCAGUCGCUACGAGAGCCGCAUGGCCGAGCUCAAGCAGCAGCUGGAGGGUGUCAAGAGCCAGUACAGCAGCGAGGUGUCGUCGCUGCAGGAGAAGCUGGACGCCUCGCUCAGCAAGGAGGCGGAGGCGCAGGAGAUGGUCAAGACGCUGCGCGAGAUCGUGCAGAAGGACGUGGCGCGCCUGCGGACCGAGCUGUCGCAGCUGGUGAACGAGUACAUUGCGGCGCGGCAGCAGCUGCAGGAGCAGGCGCAGCAGAUCGAGGCCAGCGAGAAGCUGCGCAUGCAGCAGAUCGACGGGCUGUCGUCAGAGAUUAAGAACCUAAUUACGAAGUACAACAACGCGCAGAACACGAUCUCCGAGCAGCAGCGGCUGCUGGAGGAGCUGCAGGCGGCUCGCGGCGGCCCGCCCAUGGUGCUGCCCCGCGGCGAUGCCAUUGCGGCCAUGCAGCCGCCGCCCGGCCCCGACUCCCAGGCUGGCCGUGACUGGCGCUCCGACUGGGCUCGGCUGCGCAAGAUGCAGGCCGCCGGUGGUGCUGGCGCCACCGCUGCCGCGCCGGUUACGGCCAACGCCACCAAUGGGCGGUAAGCCCGCGUGCCAAGCCGUUUGGGUUUUGCAGCGUGUUAGUGGGUGCUGCGGAAAGGGCGGAGGCAACAGCGCCUACGUCGCGGAGGCGUAACGUUGGGCUUGACCUGCCCAGCAAAUCUGCUGCUGCGCCUGCUUUAAGCGCAUAUAAUCAAGUUUACUACGUAUCAGUACGAAGUCUCUUUGCUUGCCGGGGGUGUGCGCGUUUUGUGGAGAACACGGCUGCAGACAGGGCUGGCGGGCCGGCUCGGCAGAAAGCGCCCAAACGUGAGGGCCGCGAGUGGCCAUUCCAUGGCAGGUGUUUCUGAGAAUGUGGUAUCGUAACAGGUGUACAGGUGACGAGGUUGACUUUUCCAGGUGGUUGGCGGUUGGGUGGUUGAUGCAGCGGUACGCUGGUUCGCCCUGUUUUGGCUGCGGCAGUUGGUGGUUUCUGGUUGGGUGGGGCGGCAACGCCUCUUGAGAGCAGCAAGGCGGAUGAAGAACGGAAGAUUAACUUUUGAGCUUGGACAGAAGCAACGUGCAAGGGAUGCAUGCGGUGUGUUGCUGGUUGCGGUGCCAGUUGUGGUGCCAGUGCCAGGAAAGGGUGCUGACGGUUCUGUGCGAAGGCUUGGACAGUACCAAGUUUGGGCGUUGCGCGCGCUGCUUGGCGCGUGCGCAGAGAUGAAAUUACGGCAGCUGUCCGCAAGUUGCUAGGUGCUUGGAUGCGGCAAGUCAACUCGUUGGGGUUGGAGUGAGGAUCGUGACAGGGAUGGGUGCGAGCCCGGUGCUGCGGAAGUUUGGACAGGACAAGCGUCUACGGAAGCGUUUGGGAGCCCACAUGAGAGAGCCACCGGUGCAGGAUUGUCGAGCAGCAUCUUGAGUGGACGUGAGUGUGGGAUCUCCGCGUGUAUGAGUGGCAUCAGUGUGUGUGUAUGUGUCAUGUGUGCGUUCUAACUUAGCACCCUGCACGCCAGCGCUAUCCCGCAUGCCUUCUGCUGCUGUCCGCUGCGUGCAUUAUUUUGACAGUGGUAAUAAACUACGUCUGCAAUUGCUCGCAAUAACAUACAACUCGCCGCGCGCUUGUUCGCCAAGCGCCUGCCGGAACAACAGAGAUUAAAUGUCUUGCGGGUUGGAUGGGGUGUCUGCGGUUUUCGGCGUCGCAUCUCAACAAACAAUCAAGACUGAGGACGUGUGGGCCUAAAGUUUGCAAGGCGCACUAGCAUGCUCCUCCCGCUGCGAAUGGACGGUGGUAUUUUUGGCGAGCCGUUGCGCACUAAGUUGGCACCGUCACGGCCCGAUGUUGCAAAUGAGGCCCAGUUGCAGGGGUACAGGCGCCGAGUGAGCCGAAACUAUUUCUGCAUCACUGCAUGUUCGUCCAAGGACGCGGCAGUACCGUAUUUGAUGAAGCUGGAUGAGGCUGGAGAGAAGAUGGCCUGUGCCGGAGGUGUGUGAGUGCGACAUGCAGCGGUUUGGGCAGGGGGGUGGCGUCGCGGUUGCAUGCCCUCUGCGAAGCAUGUGAUGAGGGCGCGAGUGAGCUUGGUGUCGACAUUCUGUUGGUAGCGAAGGCGUGUGUAUGUGCAGUGACCUGCCCUCGACAUGUGUGUUGUUAUUCAAGGCGCUAACUUGGUGUCUAAGCAUCAAAGGGCUGGGGCGGCCCUUGGGCUUUGAAUGGUACAGUAAGGGCAGAACAUGUAGGAUAGCAGCCAUUGCUUUGGGCCGCUUUCUGCGCGUCGGCAGCCCGCACGCGUGUGUAACUCCUAAAUACCGAGUGGCAAGACAGCGAGGAUUCAAGGGGAGGCCGAACCGAGAUGAUCUUGUCAUGAUAGCGUGUGUACCUCAUCUGUAAGUCUCACACAGC